UUAACAGCGUCAUAGACAUGUAUGUUUGUAUUCACUUUAUAGUCUCGACUUCAAAAGUGAAUUAAUGUACAUACAGUCAAUGAUAUGUAGUGAUAGAGUGCUAAUGCCUUUAUGUUUAAACGUCAUUAAACCCGCGGUGUUGUGUUGUAAUAGUUGAUGUAGAGCUGUAAUGGGGAGUGCUCAGAGCUCCUGUGUUGCCUCGCUCUCUGUGUUCUCUGUGUAUUUACUUUAUGUUCACAUUUACGGUUCUUAUAAGUUGUUGAAAACAAAUGUGCUCAACGAGAGACUUCCAAGCUUCGUGUAUCUUUACAUCAAAUAUGUGACCAAAGCUGUGACUCGGAGGACAGGCUGCCUGCAACCAGCAGCUACAGAGAAGAGUGACGUCGUUUACACGCUCCUCAACUGCAGGCUGGAGACUCCCCUGUUGAGGAGGUUCUGCAGUGCUGCGGGGUACGGCUGGGAUUAUCCAGACACCGAAUAUAGAGACAUCCCACUGUGCUUCCCAGAGAUUCUCUGCCGCAGACUGCUGCUUAUGGCGCUAACUGAUGAAAACUUCAGGCUCAGCCCAGCAGGUCUGGUUCGUGUGCGUCAGAGUUUGAAAACCCUUGAGCCAGUUGAUGAGCUGAAGAAGGGUCCGUUCAUGCUGCAGGUUCGAGUCCAGGAGUACCGGCAAACCGAUGCAGGGGUGGAGGUGGACAUCUGUCUGUCUGCCACUUCUCGUACCAGAUGUCCAGUGUGGCAGAGCGUCCUCACACUGCUGUCCAAAAACAAGCUGCACAAAGCCAGCAGACUCUUACUGAAGAGUGAACACCAACGCCAACCAGAUGAGCCUGUUCCAGAAGAUGUGAAGCAGAUAGAGCUCAGGGUUCCCAGGACUACCGGCCUGCAGAGUGUAUGGUCCUUCUCAGACCACUUCCCCUAUCGACUCCUCUCUCUACCGGCCAGGCUCUUUGGCUACAGAUCGCACACCACACCAAGUCUCUGGGUGCUGUCUAUCUGCCUGGCUGAAAUAGAAAAGCACAAAGGGGUUGGAGUCAUCACAGCUCCUGUCAACAUCACCGCCCAGUUUAAGGAGCCUCUGUUGGUACCAGGCAGAGUGACGAUCCAGCUUUGGGAGACGACCCAAAACGGGGGUCAUUCUCCUGCCCAAGGCCUCAGCUUCCACAUGCAGCAACAUGGAAGCAACAUAUCUCACAUGAUGGGAUGGAUUUCUAGGGGACUAAUAAACAUAGAAGGUUAAUAUUUGCAGUUUUGUCAAAACACAAUAAAACGCUGAUAUUGUACUUUUUCUGUUUUUGUUCUGCUUCAGUUUGGAUAACUGUGUAUAAUCAAUGAAAUGCAACAAGGUUGGUCCAAACAAUCGGCCAAUCGACAAGUUUGUUCUUGUACGAUCAUAAAAUAUUUAAUUGAAUUAUUUCAAAUAAUGAAAUAUAUUCUCAUAAGAA